AUGUGCAGCUUUCAUAGAAAACAUUAUUUAAAAUGUAUGAAAAGAAAACGGGAAAUCAUCUCAGAUUCUCAGCUUGACACUAUAGCCAUAACCAUAUUCUCCAAUUAA